GGCGAGUACGAUAGAGUGGGAAGUCAUCUUUCGCCUCCAUAAUACCUAGCUCUUCUAUCUUUGGUUAAAUUCUUUUCAGAAUGCAUCUGCCGUUGUGUAUUCGUGCAAACGCCUUUUUUCAGUGAAAUGUGCAUGAUAGUCCCUCCAUUAUCUCAUUUGUCUAGGCUCUCAGGUAAGUUCGUCACGAGUAUAUGCUUCAUGAUAAUUGUAAGCUUUACAAAUUCGGAUAUUGGCUCAAGUGAGACGAAAUAUCGAAAGAGCAUUGAGUGUUGUAACAAAGCCAACGAGCUGAAUCCUAGACUAAGGCAUGGCAUCCGACAAAAGGUACUCUAUAACAUUGUUAGGGAAAAGCUUCCAGCUGCGAUAGUCUAUAUUAGGGUCACAAGGAGUGCUAUAGGGAGAGCAUCAGUCAUCCCAAAAGCUUCUAGGCAAAGUGCAAGAAGCGAGCACGCUGCCAACUACAUGCAAACCUUGAGAGCUAGUACUUAUAUAAGUGGCUUUGUCCAAUCAUAAACGAGAACUGCUAUCAUUUUCGCCUUCUCUUUCGCGACAUGAAGGCUCUCCCUUCUGUGCCCUAAGAGGACCUUCCAAAGACCUCAUCGAGAAUGGUGGCAAUCGUAGCUUUGAAAGUGGUCUUCUUGUGGCUUCCUGUGAUGAAAUAAUUU